AAAACCCCUCAUAACAAGUCAAUGACGGUGUAUACCAGACAGCAUCCGGAGUGUCCGCUAACCAUCUCUACAUGCCGAGGUAGGUCUCUCGCCCGGGAGAAAUUUACUGGUUUCGGUGCCUGCGCUCUCAAAAUGAACUCCGAGCUAUUUGAGAGGCCUGUCUUGUCGUCGAGUUUCUGCCUGUGGCUUCUUUCUCGAGGAAUAUGCUGCCCAACAAGAUGUCCAGCCUCAGCUUCGGGUUCACAGCCUUGCUACUUCUGAACUCGAUUUCACAGUUCACUGUUGCCCAAAGUUUGCCCCAGGUUGACCUUGAGUACGAGAUUCACCAGGCAAUCGCUUUCAACCAAUCAGGCCAGACCUACAACUUCAGCAAUAUCAGAUAUGCUCAGCCUCCCGUAGGCGAGCUGCGGUUCGCCGCUCCUGUGCCACCAGCAGGUCGCAAUCCGGCUGUCCAAAAUGGCAGUUUCGGACCUGUUUGUCCGCAAGCAGCUCCAGCCUGGGGGUUGAUUUCUCAAGCAUUUGUCACUUCCUACUUGGCCGGUAACGCCAGUACCUUCAACUACACCGAAGCUGAGCUAGAAUUACAACAAUUCUUGGCAGCCAGUGCAAAUACGACGUACAAGCCCGGCCCUCAAGAGACAGAAGAUUGCCUGUUCUUGGACGUCAUUGUUCCCAAGACUGUCUUCGACGCUGCUAAUAGCCCUCGAAGGCGACGACAAAGUGGUGGCGCUAAUGUACUAGUUUGGAUUUAUGGCGGAGGAUACGUAGGGGGCUCCAAGGCCUCAAUCAACACCGGGAACCCUUCUGGCCUCAUCAAAGCCAGUCAGGCCAAUGGUGAUCCCGGCAUUAUCUAUGUCGCAAUGAAUUACCGCGUUGGUGCUUUCGGUUGGCUCUCUGGGCCAACACUACAAUCCGAAGGAGGGGUAUCCAACGCCGGUCUUUACGACCAACGUCUCGCGCUCGAAUGGGUCCAGAAGUACAUCCACCUUUUUGGUGGUGAUCCGAAAAAGGUCACAGUGAUGGGGGAAUCUGCUGGCGGAGGCAGUGUCGAACACCAAAUCAUUGCCUAUGGCGGCCAAAAGCCCGUUCCUUUCUCCCGCGCUAUCCUCCAAUCUCCAGGCUUUCUCCCGACAUAUUCUCUCUAUCUACAGGAAAACACCACCCAGUCAUUCCUGAAGACGUUGAAUGUUUCAUCAAUCGAAGAGGCACGCAACGCUUCCUCGCUCGCCGUCAUGGCCGCCAACUACGAGUACGUCGGCUUAGCUCCUUACGGCUCGUUUCGAUUUAAUCCUGUCGCUGACGGCGUCUUCAUCCCGACUGUACCUGGCGUAGCAUUCUUGAACGGCGCCUUCGCCAAGAACGUCACGGUCAUGGCGGGCCACAACACCAACGAAGCGCCUGGUUUCUCUCCUCCUUUCCUCGAAACCGACGCAGACUUCGCUGCAUACCUCGAGCAGGCGUUUCCGGGCAUCACGACGCCAGCACUCAACUACAUCAUCCACACACUGUACCCGCUGUCGAACUAUCCCGCGCCGAUUUACCGCACUUUAGCCAUCGUCAAUGAGGCGUUCUUCCAAUGUAACACGAACUACGUCGCCCGGGCCUAUGGCAACAGGACGUACAAUUACGAAUUCGAGGUCCCUCCGGCUUUGCACGGCUACGACGUGCAGUACUCCUUCUACAACGGCCAACAGACGAACAUCACGGCAGACCUCUUCGCUCCAGUGGCACAGACCAUGCAGAGCUACCUGGUCAACUUCGCCAUGACGGGCAAUCCGAACGGUCCUGGACUGCCGUAUUUCCCUGUGCAAGGCAACAACGCCACGCAGAUGGGGUUGAACGUGUCCAUAUCGGCGACUGGCGUCACGCCGAAUAUCAUGGUGCAGAAGGAUCCAACAGCCAAUGUGAGGUGCGCUUGGUGGCAAAAGGGGCUGUACCUGUGAGAAGCUGCAUCAGAAUGGACAGAGAGGCUUGAUUCGGCGGGUAUACAGAAUAUCCUGUAGCUAUCAUACAG